UCUUAGAAACAGUAUUUUCAUAUUUCAUGUGUAUUCUUGAGCAAAUCCUUGGGGUCCAAAGAAUAAUUACCACUUCAAAAUUACAUCACGUUAUUUAUAUACAUGGAGUGGUGUCAAAAGGCUGUUGCUGUAUUCCCAAAGUUUUUCAACUCUAAGGAACUCGUUCAACAUGCUCACGAGUGACAGUGAGUCAGCCAGCACCCAGACUGCACAGAACACUGCUUCUGGGCUCGGAUCUGUGCUCAGAGCAGAUACAUAGAUAAUCAAAGCAUUACAGUAGGUUUUACAUUUCAAAUAACCCAAGGUGCAUUACCAGCAGUUAUUUACAGUGUAUGCACAGCUCAUUAAUUUUUAAACUGCCCCUUAAGGUCUGGUUGACAGACAAAGCUGGUAAGCAAAAGCAGGAGAAUGAACUGUUGUUGUGUUUCAAUUCACAAUAUGAAACAUAGUAAUGGCGCUGAGCAAAGUGCUUCAGAAUGCAUUAUUAAUGCACUGAUGAUACAAUAUGUAAAGGUCAUAGCGUUGUCUCUGCACACAGCCAUUCAUCACACAAUGUGUCUCCAUGUAUAUAAGAUUUGUAUCCUAUUUACAAUUUUGAUAUUUAGCUGAUUCCGAACGGAAGCUUAAAUACACGUUGGUAAAGAUUAAUGAAUUCAUUUCUACGCAAGCUCUAUUUGUAAUGGACACUCUGUAACAAUAUUAUAUUUUUUCCUGCAGACAGUACAUGUCUUUUCAGUGAAACCCUGCAGGAGAUGAAGAGACAGCUUGGCAGAUGUCUUUUCUUGCCAUGAACCUGAUGCCACUGGGAGCAGUGGGAUUCCCAGACACCGCAAAUGAGAUCGCGCAGCUGCCAUGUCUCCAUCUGUGCCUGCGAUGUGGUGAAUGUCGGAUUGCACGUACAGUCAUGGGUGAGCGGUCUGCCACUCCUGCUGUCACCAGCUUGUAGGAUCCUUCAGCCACCGAACGUCACCCCGAGGCCUUUAAAGAAAGCAAAAGCCAAACGGAGGAGCAUUUGCCCAGGAAAUAUUCUCCUCUCUGGCAACUGGAUGAGAAGAAGGAGAAUCUUUGACCUUGGAAAAUGAAGAUGUUGUUGCCAUGGGAACUGUUAAUCCUUCUGUCACUCAGAGAGUGCCUAGCUGAAAACACACGGCACGGUCCUGUCUUCACACAGGAGCCCAGCGACAGUAUUUUCCCACUGAGAACAGAUGAUAAUCAGGUGUUUAUUAAUUGCAAAGCAAAAGGAAAUCCUCUUCCACAUUAUAGGUGGAAGAUGGAUGGCAGAGAAAUAAACACAGCGUCAGAUCAAAACUACAGCCUUGUAGAGGGGAACCUGUUAAUCAAUAAUCCUCAUGUUAUCAACCAUUCAGGAGUCUAUCAGUGCAUUGCCACCAACACAUUUGGGACCAUUGUUAGCAGGGAGGCUCAAGUCCAGUUUGCAUUUUUGCAGAACUUCAGCGGAAAGUCAAGGAAUAUGGUGUCGGUGAGAGAGGGUCAAGCUGUGGUUCUGCUCUGUGGCCCUCCACCCCAUUAUGGAGAAAUCAAAUAUUCAUGGGUUUUCAAUGGACAGCGCAAGUUCCUACAACAGGAUGCCCGUCGUUUCAUCUCCCAGAGGACAGGCAACUUGUACAUAGCCAAAAUUGAGGCCUCAGACGCAGGAAACUACACGUGUGUGGUGAGAAACAUAAUGACCAAUGCCACCGUGUUCAGCUCUCCGACCCCUGUGGUCGUGCGGAGAGAUGUAGUGAUGGGUGAAUAUGAACCAAAGAUCGAGGUUCAAUUUCCUGACACCCUUCACAUCUCUAAAGGAUCAUCAGUGAAGCUGGAGUGCUUUGCCUUAGGAAACCCGGUGCCUUCCAUCUCAUGGAGAAGAGCUGAUGGAAAUCCACUCCCUGGCAAGAUCAAAAUCAACCACCCUAAUGGGGUUCUGGAAAUUCCAUAUUUUCGCCUGGAGGAUGCUGGUGUAUACGAGUGUGUAGCGGAAAACAGCAGAGGACGAAGCGUUGCCAGAGGGCAACUUAUAUUCCACAAUGUUGAACAUUUACAUUGGAUCCAGACACUGAAAGAUGCUCAUAUGGUAAUAGAUGCUAAUCUACAAUGGGAGUGUAAAGCCGUUAGUAAGCCAAGACCUACAUACAGAUGGUUAAAGAAUGGUCAGCCACUGACAGCAGAGGGGAGGAUCCAUGUGGAAGCUGGUAGACUGACCAUAUCCAGGAUUAGUCUGUCGGACUCCGGGAUGUAUCAGUGUGUGGCAGACAAUGAACAUGGAGCUGUCUAUGCCAGCGCUGAGCUCAAGGUUGUUGCCUCCCCACCUGACUUCACCCGGCGGCCCGUGAAGAAGUCCACAGUGGUUCAGAGGGGGGGUGAGGUGGUCCUGGAGUGUCGCCCCCACGCUUCCCCCAGGGCUACAAUCACUUGGUUGAGAAGGGGAGAACUCCUGAAGGACGGCAAGAGACAGACUAUCACAGAGGACGGGACUCUGCGUAUCACCAACAUCUCCAAAUCCGAUGGAGGCAGUUACACAUGUGUGGCCAGAAACCAGUUCGGAACAUCCAGCAGCACAGGAACACUGGUGGUGAAAGAGCCCACCAGGAUCAUAGUUCCACCCAUGAGUUUGGAUGCCACGGUGGGGCAGAGCCUUGUGCUGCCAUGUGAGGUGUCCAGUGAUUCGUCCCUGAGCCCCAUCUUCAAGUGGUUUUUCAAUGGCAAAGCCAUUGAUUUCAGCAGGCAGGAGCACUUUGAAAUGAUUGGAGGGGGAUUUGUAGGUGACCUGAUGGUGAGGAGUAUCCAGCUGAAGCAUUCUGGAAAGUAUGUGUGUAUGGUGCAAACUGAAGUUGACACGGUUUCAGCCGGAGCAGACUUAAUUGUCAGAGGACCUCCUGGUGCCCCAGAGGGCCUGGUGGUGACUGACAUUACUGACACCACUGUGCAAUUGUCCUGGGGAUCUGGACCUGACAACCACAGUCCUGUUACCAUGUACAUGGUGCAGGCGAGGACCCUCUUCUCUAUAGGCUGGCAGACUGUGAGAACAGUUCCUGAUUCUGUGCCUGGACAGAUGAUGUAUGCGACAGUGAAAGAUUUGAACCCCUGGGUGGAUUAUGAAUUCAGGGUGGUGGCAAUCAACAGUGUUGGUGUAGGAGAACCCAGCACGCCAUCAAAACAGAUUCGAACCAAAGCAGCAGCUCCCAAGGUUGCACCAGUUAAUGUGAGUGGCGGUGGAGGAGCUCGAGGAGAACUUGUCAUCAUGUGGGAGCCAGUUCCAGAGGAACAGCAGAGCGGAGAGGACUUUGGCUAUGUCGUGGCUUUCCGCCCACUUAGCAGCAGCACCUGGAUCCAGACAGUCUUGGCAUCAUCUGAUGCAUCCAGAUAUAUUUACAGAAAUGACAGCAUCCCACCCCUGUCCCAGUUUGAAGUAAAAGUGGGAGUAUUCAACAGCCUGGGAGAGGGGCCGUUCAGCCAUGUUGUUAAAGUGUUUUCAGCAGAGGAAGAGCCCUCUGAGGCACCAUCAAGAGUUUGGGCCCAUGCUGUGUCAGCCUCGGAGAUCAAGGUGUACUGGAAACCAAUUCGCCCUGGGUCCAGCACAGAGAAGAUCAUUGCAUAUGAGGUUCUCUUUUGGGAGGAAGGCUCUCAGCAGAGUGAAGCAGACAUAGUGAAGGUUAUCAACACCACAGCUCUGCUGUCUGGCUUGAAGGGCAGCACAGUCUAUCUGAUCUCAGUCAGAGCUCAAAACAGCGCUGGACUUGGACCCUGUAGCCCUGCUUUUAACAUCACCACCAAGAAACCACCACCAAGUCAGUCUCCAGGGAAUAUUGAGUGGAACCUGACCAACUCUAAGAUCUUUCUAAAUUGGGAACAUGUCAAAGCAAUGGAAAAUGAGUCUGAGGUGACAGGAUACAAGGUUGUCUACCGUCAGAAAUGGCAUGGCAGGACUACUGUACUGGAAACCAAUAAGACCAGUGUGGAACUGGAAAUCCCUUCUGGAGAGGACUAUCUCAUUGAGAUCAAAGCUCUGACUGAAGGAGGUGAUGGCACGAGCAGUGGCCCCAUCCACAUACCAAAGAUGUCCAGUCUUAACUCAAAAGGAUGUGUGUGUCCAGUUCCAAUGAGGAUCAUCUGUUUUAUGAUCUGUUUUUUAUUUUUUAUGUUCAUCUUGUAGCUUUUGAUGCCUUUGUAUUUAACUCUAGUUAAUAGAGUGAAUGCAGUUUAUGAUUCUCUUCUGUAUGUACAAUUUGUGGAAUGCGCUGCUAACUAGAAAGUUGCUCAGCCACUGACUUGCAAACCCAAACCUGAGGAUGGGAGCAUUCUGACAGGUUGUCAGAUGCCUGCAAAUUUGUUGUUGGACUGGUAUGCACAAGCAGCAGCACAGUUACAACACACUUUCAUUUGCCUAUUUUCAGGACCACUGCAAUCCUCUAGGAUCUAUGUGUUUGAUAAACACAGAAAGAUGAAUUUCUUAUCUUUAGUUCUAAAAUGAACUCAAGCACAGGUUCAUGUUCCAGUUUCCCUACUCCGCCAUUGGUUUCCACCAUUUUUGCCUCAAGUUCCAAGUGUUUUCUUGGUUUGCUGCGACCUCAUUGAAUGUUACAGACCAGUUAUAUUUACUUCACUAACUACAUUCAUGCUGUUUGAAAAUGGAGGGUUCAGCGCAGUUUACUUUGUGCUUUUCAUUUGGAAUUAACAUGUAAAUCUUUGACAUUUUUUUACUACUGGCCAAAGCUAAUUUUCUUUGUUGGUAAAGAAUUUGACAUUUUAACAAUUAUUUUUUCUAGCUUUUCUUCCCAGUCUAUAUACCGAGCUGUUUACCGAGCUAAGCUAAUCAACUCAAAUGGAUUGAUUUUCAUGUCUAAAUCUCAGCGAUAGAGUAAAAAAUUACAUUUUUCAAAAUGUCAGUUACAAGUUGUGCAAGUAUCAUGGGAAGCGUCCCCCAAACAUGGCUUUAAAGAGUACUCCACCAAUUUAACAUUCUGUAACACUGUCAGCCACAGUAGAUGUUGAUGCAGCUGAACCAGAGAUAUUGUCUUUUUAUUGAACACAUUCUUCCUCCUUGUGAAAACCUGCCUACAUUACAAGCAAUGAAAUUCAACAACUGAGAGUUCAGUCAGAAAUUUGAGCGUUUUAUGCUAGUCCAGCUAAUGUAGCCUCAAGCAGAGAUGAGUAGCAGACUGACUUUACUUUUUUUUCCCCCUUUUUGUCUUAAGACCUAAUUUACACUGCUGACGUGACAUUAACAGGCCCCUCUCUAGCCACAAAAGACUUUGUAUAGCUAUUUUCCACAUAUAAAGUAAUACUUUCCGUGACCCAUAAACAGUUUUUGGUGUCUGAAAUGAGUAACCCUUUAAAUUAGUUUUAACUUAAUGGGUAAUACAGCCCAAGCAGUGGAACAUGGUGAAAACAUUUAAUAAGAGAUCAGUAAUCGGCUCAUCUAUUACUAUUGCUGGAUUAUUAAAUAUACUGUUGUGUCCCAUACUAGUUAGCAGUGCUGCUGCUGUUGCCUACACAUUCAGCACUCCAUGUUUCACUCUGUAUCAAACUGUUUAGGUAAGAUGUGUAACCAAACCUUGCCACAGGUGUCACCAAAUCCAUCCAAAUACACAAUCCUGGCAAUCAUGAUUAACAGCUUAAACACAGCCUACAUCAUCCCCAGAGUCAUAACAGCUGUAAUUUUCUUCUCUGCUGAUUUUAUGCAAGAAAACAUUGAACAUUUGGAUUUGUUACUAAAAUGGAAUGCCCAUUGGAAAAAGUGCUCCAGAAGUUCUGCUUUGCCUUACAUAGUUAAUAUUUUUCAAGCCUGCUGUUAACCAGUCUUUAAAAUAUAUAGAUUGCAAUUAUUUUGCAAAAGGGUAGGCAUAUCACACAUAGACUAUAGAAUGUUAUCAACUUAUUAGUAAGAGUUUUAUGUGAAGAAAGUUGUAGUGAGGAAAUUUACAAAAUGAUGGCAUAAAAAGGUCAAACAAAAAAUACCUCCCACAUAAAUGUAUUACAACUUCAAAAAAUGAAGAAUUGGUAUGUGUAAAAGUUCUCCUGUGUUUUUGUUAAACAUUAGCCUCCAUCAUAACAAUAAACUCAUAACAUAAAUUGAAAAAUGAAACUGCCUUUCACCUAGUUGCACAAGUAUGAAUUGAUCAAAGAACCUACAUACAAUUUUUGUCCAAUAUGAAUAGGACAUUUUUGAAAAAAAACACUUUCAUAGCUCGCUAUUUAACUUACCUUAACUCUGCUUUAGUACAGGACAAAUUAUCAUGUUAAAAAUAAAAACAUUAAAUAUUUUUCAGAUAAUGAUACAACAUUAUUAUGUUCCCACCAAGACGUAGCUGCCUGAUACAAAAUAGUUCUAGCUGUACAUAAUUUGUAGGAGGCCGGUUUUCAGUUAGUUGCUGCUUUUAUACAUUUCACUAGUGAUUAUUUAAAGGUAUAAAAGUGAGUUCACAAAAGCUGCAAUGAUGAACUAUUCAAACAGGCUACUGUAAUAUUUUGCAUUUGGGAUGUGUUUGCUAUGCAUAGCCAUUUUUUAUUAUUUUGUAAUGACACUCAUAGGGUCAGUUAUUUCAACAUGUGCAACAUUAUGGGGACACCACAUUUUAUUAUUAAGUUUUUACAUACUGAUCACAAGACAUGUUCACAACACAUCUGUAAAAAGUAAGAAAUAAGGAGGAAACCCCGGUGUUGAAAUGAUAUACUUCAGAGAGCAGAACUGUUUGUCCCGCAUGCCUUUUUGUGUACUUUAUUUUUAAUUUUAAUGACUGAAAUGCUAAAAAUGUUAUUUUUUUCUAAAUACAUUUUACUAGCACCGUUAGUAUUGUUUGCUGUAAGCAAUUUAUAAACAUCCUACAGUUCUACAUGAACUCUACUGUAUACCAGUCCAAACCUGUUGCUUUCAAAACCUGAAAUCCCUUUACAUUUUCUUAUUCAGUUUUCCAAUAUAAUAUCAAAUUAUGAUGUCUCAACUUUGUAUUUAAGCUCAUUUAUUGUUAAUCUGCUUUCUGUAACUAAAACUGCAAGUUGUUAUGUAAUACCAUUGUAUUUAUAUAAUGAUAUCUCUGUGAGA